CCCUCCUAUAAAACUACCUUCUCUCCCACUCUCUUCCCCCCAAACUCUUCCUUAUUAUUAUUCUCUCUCUUAACUUCUUUUGUUAAUUUUUGCUUCUUAUAGUUUGUCAUUAACUCAAUGGCAUCACCAAAUGAUCAUGACCACCAUAUCUACCAAGAAAACUCAGAUACAUCCGAGGAAAUGAUCAUGAUUGCAGCGUCAACCACAAUUGAUCAGCACAAAAAUAGAAACAAUAAGAGACAGAGGGAUACGAAACACCCCGUGUACCGGGGUGUUCGUAGGAGAGCGUGGGGUAAAUGGGUGUCUGAGAUCCGAGAACCUCGAAAGAAAUCUCGAAUAUGGCUAGGCACUUUCGCUACUCCAGAGAUGGCUGCCCGUGCUCAUGAUGUUGCCGCGUUGAGUAUUAAGGGUACUUCUGCGGUUCUCAACUUUCCUGAUCUUGCUCAUUCUCUCCCUCGUCCUGUCUCUAACUCUCCUCGCGAUGUCCAGUUUGCUGCUGCAAAAGCAGCAGCUAUGGACAUCGAUACAGCUACUUCAACAGCUAACAGCAACAGCACCAGUACCAGCAGUACUGGUGCUGCUACUACUACUCCUGCUGGUAUCACAUCCCAGCAGGAGCAUGUAACGAGCAGUACCAGUACUACUGCUGAUGCUACUACAGAUGUAGCACCGGCUUCACCCUCUACCUCAUCCUCCACCGCAUUGUCGUUUGAAUCGACGGCUGUAUCCGGUGACGAAGAACAUCUAUUAGGAGAAAUAGUUGAGCUUCCGAGUUUAGAAGACGAGUCUGGGUUUUUUGACUCGUCCGAGUUUGUGGACAAGACGUGGUUAAUGUACGAGUACUACGACUCCGACCCUUUACUUCAAUGCUGGGUAAAUAAUGGAAAUAUCAGUACUACGGAAGGGUAUUUUGGGGAACAAGGUUUGAAUUAUAAUACCUCUUUUGAAGCUCUAUUAUGGCAUCAUUAAAUGCUAGCUAGAGCAUUUUUUUUUUUUGGAAAAAAAAUAAAAAAGAAAAACAUGUUCUUCCCUCCUUAAAUUGCCUUAAGUUAAGGCAGGUGAGGUUAUAUAUAUAAAUAUAUUUAGGGGAAUUAAUAGAAAUAUUUUUUUAAAAUUUCUUUUUUUUUUUCCCUGCCCACCAUUUUUCCAGGGAAAAUAUUUAGUGAUUGUGAUUAUCGAUGAGAUUUUUGGGUACGGAGUUUACAAAGUCUCAACUGCAAGCAAUAGUUUAUAGAUUCAGUUUGGUAUUGCUAAAUGCACAUUAAUUAAGAUUUGCGCAUUCUUCUACUAUUAAUUUUUUGGUGCUUACAAGUCGGACAUUGCUACACAUAUCCAUCGAGUAGACAACCCAUUACUAAUAGAGUAUUAAAAAAAAUAUUAAUUAUGUUGAGUUGGAUCCAUUACCACAAUUCUCAACAAGUCUUUAUUAAUGGUGGGUAGUCUAUCUGGUGGCUAGACAAUUUUUUCCUUACAAGUCUACUAUUAAUAAGUUAGCAAUUCAUAUAUGUAUAUAGUUGUUUUUUGUUUGAUAAAGUAUCACAUAUAACUAACUAACUUUCUUCAUCUUUAUAUAUUUUUAUUUCAAAUUCCGCGAUUUCGAUUCUGAUCUGAAGCAGAUUAAUAUUUUAGAACAGAGAGAGUAAUAACGAGGUAGGUUUGAUAUGGGUUGACAUAAUGAUCAUUUAUUACUUAUAAGUGAUCAUUUCCAUUCUUCUACCAUCCCUCUAUUUUUGCACUGCUACAUUUUGACCAAAAGUUGAAGGGUGAGGACGAGAUCUUCUUGUUACUAAUUACAAUGCACUACUUCUUUUCUUUCCCUUUUGUGUACAGAAGGGGAAGAAAGCAGCUUACACUAAAAGGUGAUAGUUUGUUAUGAAUUUUUAAUAUAGAUGCAAAUAUGCAAUAGAGUACAUGUACCACCUUACAUUUGUAUUUAA